GCUCUAAAUGGCAAUCUCGCCGAAAGAUAUUAACACCUGCAUUCCACUAUAAUAUAUUACAACAAUUUGUUGAGGUUUUAGUUGAAGAGAGCGAGAACAUGACGAAGUCUUUGAAAGAUACAGGAGACACAGUUAUAAAAGAUUUAGUACCAUUCAUUAGUGAACAUACGCUGAACACAUUAUGCGAAACUGCUAUGGGCAUCUCUCUAAAAGAAAUGGGUUCAUUUCAGCAACAGUAUCGAGACGCAGUUCAUAAGAUGUGCCAAAUUUUAAUUUAUAGACUUACGAGAGAAUGGCUGAGAAACGAUUGGAUAUUCUCGUUAACAUCUAAAGGUAGAGAACAAGCAAAGGUCUUGAAGAUUUUGCAUGGAUUUACUGACAAGAUCAUUGCAGAAAGAAAAGUUUAUCAUAAACAUACCAAUGGACAAUACUUAAAAAAUUUAGGCAAAGAUGGAGUUGUAGAGGCAGACGAUGUAGAUAAUAAUAAAAAACAAAAAAAGAGGCUUGCUAUGUUGGAUCUAUUAAUACUGAUGUCUCAAGAAAAUCUUUUAACUGAUUUAGAUAUUAGAGAUGAAGUCGAUACCUUUAUGUUUGAGGAUCAUGAUACUACAGCAAUGGGCAUUUCUUAUGCUCUAUCAUUAUUAGCUGAGCACGAAGACAUUCAGGAUCGUGUUAGAAAAGAAGUUAAUGCUGUUAUACAAGAAAGUCAAGGGAAACUUACUAUGAAAUCGCUGCAAGAUUUACAAUAUUUAGAGAGAUGUAUAAAAGAAGCGUUGCGU